AUGCAAUUGCAAACUUCAACUCUCCUCUCUACACGUAUCACUCCUCUACCACUCUCACUCUCUCUCUCUCUCUCUCUCUCUCUCUCUUGGCAGUUAGCGCUCACACACAAACUUUCUCUCUCUAAAAUCUCUGAUAUUUCUAAGCUUCACGCUUCUCUCGGCGCCUUGGACUCAACACUGUUUCUAGAUCCGUCUUUUUCAUUAGCUUUCCAAUUCUUCAAGCUCAGUCUCGCCAUUUCUCUUCCUCCUCCUCCUUCUUCUUCUCUCCUUCAAAGAGAAGGAAAAGUGAAAAAUGGUUUACACAAUCUCAGGGAUACGCCUCCCUGCAAUUCCAUCGGCGUAUACUCCUUUAUCGCAUUCGAGCUUCAGUGGCGAUCGUAGAAGUACCAGUCUCUCAUUACUCUUGAAGAAGAACUCGGUUUCUCGUAAGAUUUUUGCUAAGAAGUCUUCAUACGAUUCCGAUUCUUCAUCUUUUAUGGUCUCUGCAUCUGCAUCUGAUAAAGUUCUAGUUCCUGGCACUCAGAGUGGGGAACCUUCAUCUUCAACAGAUCAACUUGAUACACCUGGCACAUCCACAGAAGAGCCUCAGGUUCUUAAUGUAGAUGAUAUAACAAUGGAACAUGAUGCGGACAUUAACAAUGGAACUGAUGAUAAAGCUCUUAUCGAGGAAGCAGCUGGUCCUCUCAAAGUAAAGUCCAUUGCACCACCGGGCCCGGGGCAAAAAAUAUAUGAAAUAGAUCCAAUGUUAAAUGGUUACCGGCAACACCUUGAAUAUCGUUAUGGGCAAUACAAAAAACUACGUGAGGACAUUGACAAGUACGAAGGAGGUUUGGAGGUGUUUUCUCGUGGAUUUGAAAAGUUUGGUUUUCAACGCAGUGCAACAGGUAUAACAUAUCGGGAGUGGGCACCAGGAGCUAAGUCAGCAUCUCUGAUUGGAGACUUCAACAAUUGGAAUCCAAAUGCGGAUGUUAUGAUGCGGAAUGAAUUUGGUGUCUGGGAAAUCUUUUUGCCAAACAAUGCAGAUGGUUCACCUGCAAUUCCUCAUGGUUCUCGAGUAAAGAUCCGCAUGGAUACUCCUUCUGGAAUCAAAGAUUCAAUUCCUGCUUGGAUCAGGUUUUCAGUACAGGCUCCAGGUGAAAUUCCUUAUAAUGGCAUAUACUAUGAUCCACCAGAGAAGGAAAAGUAUGUCUUCCAGCAUUCUCAGCCAAAGAGACCAAAAUCACUUCGUAUUUACGAGGCACAUGUUGGAAUGAGUAGUACGGAGCCAAUGAUUAAUACAUAUGCAAACUUUAGAGAUGAUGUGCUGCCCCGCAUUAAAAAACUUGGAUACAAUGCUGUUCAGCUCAUGGCUAUUCAAGAGCACUCUUAUUAUGCCAGCUUUGGGUACCAUGUUACAAAUUUUUUUGCACCUAGCAGUCGCUGUGGAACCCCAGAUGAAUUGAAGUCGCUAAUUGAUAAAGCCCAUGAGUUAGGCCUGCUUGUUCUUAUGGAUAUUGUUCACAGCCAUUCAUCAAAUAAUACUUUAGAUGGACUGAACAUGUUCGAUGGGACUGAUAGCCAGUACUUCCACUCUGGGUCACGUGGAUAUCACUGGAUGUGGGAUUCUCGUCUUUUCAAUUAUGGAAGUUGGGAGGUAUUGAGAUUUCUUCUCUCAAAUGCAAGAUGGUGGCUCGAAGAGUUCAAGUUUGAUGGUUUCAGAUUUGAUGGUGUGACUUCAAUGAUGUAUACUCACCAUGGGUUGGAGGUAGCAUUUACAGGAAAUUACAAUGAAUAUUUUGGAUUCGCAACAGAUGUAGAUGCUGUGGUUUAUCUGAUGCUGGUCAAUGACAUGAUUCAUGGGCUCUUCCCUGAAGCAGUGACCAUUGGUGAAGAUGUCAGCGGAAUGCCAACUUUCUGUAUUCCUGUUCAAGAUGGUGGUGUUGGAUUUGAUUAUCGCCUUCAUAUGGCCAUUGCCGAUAAAUGGAUUGAACUCCUCAAGAUGCAAGAAGAAUACUGGAAAAUGGGUGAUAUUAUUCACACACUCACAAACAGGAGGUGGUCAGAGAAGUGUGUUUCUUAUGCUGAAAGCCACGACCAAGCUCUUGUUGGUGACAAAACAAUUGCAUUCUGGUUGAUGGACAAGGAUAUGUAUGACUUUAUGGCUUUAGACCGACCGGCAACCCCUCUUAUAGAUCGUGGAAUAGCAUUACACAAAAUGAUUAGGCUUAUUACUAUGGGAUUGGGUGGAGAAGGAUACCUAAAUUUCAUGGGGAAUGAAUUUGGACAUCCUGAGUGGAUAGAUUUUCCAAGGGCUGAUCAGCAUCUCCCUGAUGGCUCAAUAGUUCCUGGAAACGGUUUUAGCUAUGACAAAUGUCGGCGUAGGUUUGAUCUUGGUGAUGCAGAUUAUUUGAGAUAUCGAGGAAUGCAAGAAUUUGAUCGGGCAAUGCAGCAUCUUGAAGAUGCCUAUGGCUUCAUGACUUCUGAGCAUCAAUACAUAUCCCGGAAAGAUGAAACAGAUAGGGUUAUUGUCUUUGAAAGGGGAAACCUUGUUUUCGUCUUCAACUUUCAUUGGUCUAAUAGCUAUUCUGAUUACCGGGUAGGCUGCUCAAGGCCAGGAAAGUACAAGAUUGUAUUGGAUUCAGACGACUCAUUAUUUGGAGGGUUUAAUAGGCUUAAUCACGAAGCCGAAUACUUCUCCUCUGAAGGGUGGUACGAUGAUAGGCCUCGUUCUUUCCUAGUGUAUACUCCUAGUAGGACAGCAGUAGUUUAUGCUUUGGUUAGCGACGAAAACGGAGCACUGGUAUCCGAAACAAAAGGCGAAAACAUCAAACCACUGCUGUCUGAAACGAUAAUUGAAGACAAUGAACCACUUGUGGAAUCCAUUUGAGGAAUGAUGUAUCAUUGUUCAAAUGAAGUUUUGGUGAGAAUAUAUUGUCAUGGUCAUCCUCUCCUCUGGCUCAUCGGAACGACCUCAUCUUGUAUAUUUUUUUGGUAAUAAUUCUAGUGGAGUGCCCCUUAAAAGUUUCAUUGCCAAGCAAUCCAUAGUCAGAAGAACAUGCACACUAGACUUUCUAAUCAUGUGCGUUAUCGAGAGCUAAGAGGAGGACAACAACUCUCUACUAGGAGGUAGUGUAUUGUGAAGACUAGUUUUGUGAAAUCUUAUUUUGUAAGUAGAAGAUCUUAAUAAAACUCGAAUGAGUUGGAGAAUCUGGUUAUAGAUUUCAUCUGUACAGCACGCUGGAUUGACCUAAUUUGGAUUUUCUUUUCUUUUCCAGUUGAACUGAGAAAUUAAGAUGAGAAAAUUGACGCAA